AUGGCGCUCAUCUGCGAGCCAUCUCCCUUUAUACUCUCAACCGACGACGCCUCAUCAUCAUCUGUUUCUCAGCUCUGCCUCUCCUCAGAUCCUUUUGACCCCUCUGUCUUUGCUUUGUACAUGGCUUGGCCCUCAUCAUCUGGUCAACAACAACAACAACCGGAACAAACUGGGGGGGGAAGCACUGGAUCGUCUCGCGGAGGCAACGGCAGCAUCCCUCUGUCGCCGCUCUCCGCAUACACGGGCACGACCUCGAGCGGGGGUACCCCGCCCUCCCGCCUGACACCUGGCUCAUCCAACUCGUCCGCGCUGUCGUACGCGUCAAGCGCACCCCGAACGGGCCUUGACAACGCGACGCGCUCUAGCGCUCCAGCGGAGUUUCAACUUCUGCACCCUAGUGGACGUGCCAAUGGCGCUAGUCCAUAUCCGGCCCCCUAUGGAUAUCGCCCUGCCCAAAACAUUGAAGAGGGCACGAAUCCGGCGCUCUACCAUCCUGCCAGCGCCGCAGCACCCCCUCGUCCUUCUCACCCAUUCUCCAACACAACGAGUUCACCAUCGACCUACCGUGGCAGCUCCACAUCACAGUCUUCGCGUGAGGCACAGUACUACUCCCCUUCUGGCGCAUUGUAUCCUGUUAGUCCGCCCGAACUGCUCUCUCCAUCUUGGGGUCAACUCUCAUUGUGUGACUUUCAGCCAUCCUUCGAUUCCGGCCCCGGCACCUACGACCCCGUGCCGUAUGGAUCGCUCAGCGGCAGCAGCGGUCCAUCGCCGUACUCGAACAGAACAAGCCAAAUGGCGCCCGGUUUGCACUUCACUUUCCCGCACGGCCCCAACAGCACCCCAUCAGGCGACUCCGCCAACGACCCCUCCCCAUCACCCCACUCCUCGGGCUCAGAUUCCCCCAUCUACUCUGGGUCAUCUUCCGGCCUCAGCAGGCACCGCUCUCCUUCCAGAGCACAUGAUCCUAAUGUUUCAUUCCUGCCUCCUGUAGCACAUAUCCGGAAGCGCCCCAGGCGCAAGGCUGAUGAGAUUGAGCGUAUCUACAUCUGCGGCUUCGAUGGGUGCCAAAAGAGCUAUGGAACACUCAAUCAUCUCAACGCCCACGUCAGGAAUGCAAGCCAUGGGGAGAAGCGCCGACCUGAGGAGUUCAGGGAGAUACGUAAUGCUUGGAAACGCAGGAAAGCCCACGAGGCACAGGAGGCACAGGCCGCCGCCGUUGCUGCUCAGGCUGCCGAGGACCAGCGCCAGCGUGCCUCGGGGGCUGGGAUGACCGGUCCUUCUGGAAUGCGUUCCGCACAGCCUGUGCGCCGCCCCACCGGAGAGGACUAUGCGUCUCAAGGCUUCAUGGCUCACCGCCAGCAACAUGCCCCCGGCCUCGGGCUGCCCCCAAUGCCUCAGCUGGCUCAUCCCCGCGUGCCUGGCCCCAGUAUGGACCCCCAAGGGUACCCCUUCCCGCCAUCACUACCUUCUGCCAGCCUCUCUCCCUACUCAACGCGCGGCCCCUCCGCGCCGUGGACCCCAGCGGAUAGGCCAUCAAUGGUCUCCCCGUACAUGGAGUCCCCUGUGCAGGAUCCGAACCAGUACUUUGGCCAGCCUAUCCGCGUGCCGCAGACGCCGUCCGGAUUCGCUCCCGCAGGGAGUCCACGCGGUCCCCAAAGCAUGUUAGACUACCCUUCGCGGCAGGGCACCAGUGGGACAUACCCGCCAUAUCCCCGUGAUUCUUCCCGUCAGUAAAUACUCAUCAAGAUCGAAAUAAA